CCCCACCCAUGUUUUGUAGUUUUCCUUCUUCUAGUUCACAGCGACGAAAGACGCGACCGAAGACCGUCAUAUACUGCUAGUAAUACUGAUCUACUGCUCGCACAAAUAACAGGUAAAAGUUAUGCUGUUCUUCCACGAAACCACUAGGGUGUAAUGUGAGUUUGAAAAAGGGGGUGUAGCUGAGGCGGAAAGAGUGCGUACGUGCAUGCUAGAUGCAAAGUCUCGGGAACACCUUGAUGGUGGGUGGUGUGAAAACCUCAAAGCUGUGAUAGAGUCCAGCCAUGAGUGAAUCAGAUUUGAAGGAAGGCCAGCCGGGCCCUCCUCCCGACUCCCCAGUUGAACAACUCCUCACUCAUGAGGCCGCAGCCAACAACGACAUUGCCAGGCUAUCAGAUCUCGUUCAGGAAGGGUCUCCCCUCGUGGGACCCGACACACGAGAAACUCCGCUGCAUGCUGCUGCAAAGAAGGGCGCCAUGGACGCCCUGAGGUGGCUGCUGGAUAAUGGGACUGUGUCUCCUCUGGAGAAGGCUGGAAAUGGGAACACCGCGGCUCACUAUGCUGCUGUGUAUGGUCACUUAGAGGCCCUCAAGUUGCUGAUAGAGCACGAUCCAGAGCUGAGCACGCAGGUCGUGUCGCAGGUUGAUGAAUCUGGGCUCUCUCUCAUCAGUCUCGCCACUCUACAGGGUGAUGAGGAAAUGACGGGGUGGCUGGUUGACAAUUUCCCCGAAGUAGGAGACAUACCAAACCUCAAUGGAGAUCUGGCGGUUCACUUUGCUGCUGCGCAAGGUCACCUGGGUAUUCUGAAACUACUGGUGCGACAGUACGGCAAGGAGAUUCUCGAGAAACAAGACAAGAACUCGACCAAACCGGUGUAUUUCGCAUCUCAAGAAGGUCGACUCGCGGUACUGGACUACCUCAUCAAUGAGCUGGGCAUCGAUCCAGUCGCCAGAGAAAAGUCUGGAAUCAGUUCUGUCCACGCGGCAGUUCAGGCGGGCAGAUACAAAGCUGUUAAAUGGCUCGUAUCAAAGCUUGGUGCCAAGUAUAUACUGGACAAGACCAUUGAUGGAGCUACUCCCCUCCACAUGGCUGCAGCCCAGGGACACACAGACAUCUUGCGCUACCUGCUGGAAAACGUGGAGAACAAAAACGACGUGAACGCUCUGGAUCACAUUCACGCCACUCCUGCCCACGACGCAGCCGAAUACGGACAGAUGGAGUCAAUGCUUCUUCUACUGAAGAAUGGAGCCGACAUCACUAUAAAGGACACCGAGAACAAGACUCCGUAUGAUCUAGCCAUGGAGCAGAGUCAUCCGGAAGUUGCGGCCAUGAUUGCUGAUCUGAGGGACAACGGACCAAUGGUUCUGGCCAAGUACGAGAAGAAGAAACGAUCCAGCAGCCAGCCCGCGUCAAUGAUGCAACCUCCGCACACCAAGCGUCAAGAGGCAGCAGAGCUCUCUGCAGCCAUCAAGCAAACCUCAACCAUCCAGGAGAAGCGUAGAAAAGCCAGCAGUUUCAGAGGCAGGGUGACCUGUAUGCCAAGCCAAGGAAGAGGCGGCAUCGUCACAGGAGCAGACAGAGAAGUGGCGAAGACCUGCACAACGACCCUUCUUACGCUCCAGUCAAACCAAAGAACACUGUUUAUGACGCCAUGCCACCACUGGAAGACCCUACCUAUGCCUCUCCCAACCACGAGACCACUUCUAAUUACAGCCGCCCCUCACGAGUCCGUCAUUAUCGCGACUCUGAUUCUGAGAUCACUAGCAUCAGCUCUCGAUACCGAGCUACACAUCAUGCGUACUCAGUAUGCUACAUAUCUUAUCCUAAUGCCACGUCUUCUGCAGAUGGUCGGCACAAUAUUCCAGGGCUUUUACCCACCCUACGGACCAGGAGGAGUAGGGGGAGGAGGAGGAGGAGGGGGUUAUAACUAUCUUCCUCUGCCUCAUCACCUUCGCAGAGGUCCCCACAGCUCAGCCAGUAGUGUCCGAUCCUCAAAGACGGGUGUCUCCAGAAGACAGGGCUAUCCUCAUCCCAUGGUGCAGUACCCAUACGGACACUACCCAACGCCCUACCCUUCUUACGGCUACCCUUAUCCACACUACGGGCAAAGCCAGGCCUCGGCUCCAGGACAAAUGAUGUACUACUAUUAUCCACCUCCCAAAGGACGAAGACAUAAACUGAGGAGAAAGAAAUUGAGAAGUCGGCAGCCUUCGCGUGACCCUUCACCUCCAGGGGGAAUCCCCAAGAAGCACACAGAUGCUGACAUGGGAUACGGACCAGCAGUGGUACAGAACAGAGACGAGGGGUCAGUUGUGGGCGGAGCCAAGAGUAAGAGGGGGAAGGCUUCCAGCAAUCAGGGGUUCCACCCGCAAGCCCCGCCCAUCACCGUAACAGACACCAACACCGCCCAGCAGGGGGACGCUGUCGUCAACUUUGACGGAAACUUCAUCAUGAUGAAGAAGAGCGAUACAACUGAUGGAAUCCAGGAGCUUGGUGGGACCACGCUGAUCACUGCGAAAUCUCCGAAACACUAUGAUGGGAGAUGGGACGAAUUCAUUAUGACUGAUUCAGAACCGGAACACGAGGUGGAUGAAAACCAUUGCGUGGCCUUUGCCGCCGAGUCGGUAGCCAUCUUGGCCAUCGGCUGUGUGUCUGGACUGAGAGGACUCAGAAAGCUGAGAAAGGGGGCAGAAGGCUCUCAGCCGGACAGAGCCUAUCUGUCGUCUGCCUGGGAUGAACCUCCAAUGCCGACCAAGAACCGCGGCAGUCGUACUCACAGCAGACAAGACUCACUCACUGGUCUUGCCGACCCUUCUCUGAAAGAUGUGACUCCAGAGGAUUUUGCAGCAGAGAGAGGAGAUGGGAGAGCAGGAGGGAUGGGCAGGCUCAAGCACGGGGAAGAAGAGCAAAAAGAAGGUGCAGCACAUAUUGCAAAUACUCCUAAAAACAAGAAAGCUGGGAAGAAAGAAGAGAUUGAACUGAAGUAUCGAUCUGCAUCGGCAGAGGCCCUGGACAAGCAGCCGCAGAGCGAGCUGCUGGCUGGCGAGAUGGAGAGGCAGAGAAACGCAUCGGUUUCACGCAAUUUUGGGCAAAAGAUGCUGUUCAAUGCUCUGGGUGCUCGAGAGAGCUCAAUGCUGGAUAUUGCAACAACCAGCCUGACCGGCUCGCGGAACCCCAGUGCAGACGAAGCAGAAGGCAGCUACGAUGAGUUUGACGAAACCAUCAACAUGGUUCAAGGAAUAAGAACCAGAGACAACAAGCGAAAGAACUCUGCCAAGAAAUCAGACGGAAGCUCCACUCCAGAGAGAGGCUUGGAGGCAGGUGAAAGGCCAAAGAGUGCUGGAAGGAAGGAGAGGCAGAGAGCAAAGGAAGAGGAGAGGGCUCGAAAAGAGAGGGAGAAGGAAGAGAAGAAAAAAGAGAAGAUGAAUGCCAAGAAAGAGAAGCAGAAGAAGAAGGAGGACGAGAAAAGGAUGAGACAAGAGGCAAGGGAGAGGAGCAGGGAGGCCACACCUCCAAGAAGACCCGCUACACCAAAGAAGAGCCCAUCUGUCCCUACCCGAGCUGCCCCUCUGCCUCCCAAAUCUGCCAAAUCAACAGCUGCUGGCUUAAAGAACAGGGCAACACUGCACAAUUCCCUACAAACUGUGUUACGAUGCGUGGGUUUCCCUCUUAGCUUCGUCGAAAGAGGCUCCACCAGCCAAGAAGCCAGCGUCUUCAGUGUCUGGGGGAAAGGAUUCUGGGGAGUCACAAUUAGGGAAACUCUCCUCGUCUCCCCCACUGAGGAGACGAGAGCUCCCUCCAUCUCCCCCUGUCUCUUCCCUGCACAGCAGACAGAGGGAACCACAGAAGCCGGCGUCUUCCUCCACUCCCCUGGUGAGGGAGGAGAGCCAGGUAUCUCAGAGACGGCAUCGUGGAGAGAAGCCACGCUGCGGUCCUCUCCCACUCAGCCAACGAGAUCUACUGCCCUCUCCAAACAGACUUCUCGAGAGACUGGCCGAGAAGCGAAACAGACUCCAGCCUCUCUUCUUCGGUCAAAACCACCACUCGGCACAACCGCAGCAGACAGAGGAGCUAUACAGCGAAGGAAUCAAUAUUUCGGCAAUUCAGAUUCAGAGGAGGAAGAAAGUGUGAUUAGUGCUCCUAAAUGGAAGAGCAACAAACCAGUUCAGAAGCCUAAACCGUCGGUGGAAAAGGAGGUGGAGUCAGAUAUUGCAGACCUGGAUGCUGUUCUGGCUGAGCUAGAGGGCAUUCAGACGGGAGAUCUCUUGUCUUGGUUGGAGCCCAACAAAGUGACUGAUAUCGACAAAGCAGAAGAGUCUGGCGAAUCCGAGGACUCCCUACCACUGGUUGUCCCGACAGCUCCCAAGAGGCCGAAUAACAAGCGUCCCUCGCCUCCGAGAUCACGAGCAUUUGGCUUCAGUCCGCAGACCAAACCGGUUGUAACUGGUGCCGGAGAGGACACUGACACGCCCCCACCCUCCUCGGCAACAACAGAGAGCAAUUUCCCAUCCCAACCUCAACUCGAAGAAGGACAGAAUUCGUUCCCUAACCAGCGAGACUCCGAGGUGCCACUGGCUGACGUGUCCAGUCUCCAGAGGACAAAGCAUGGCUCGCCACACCCAGGACGAAGACGAGGUCGUGCUAAUGAAGGUGGCUACUACUAUCUGUAA